AUGCCUGGUCUUCUUUCGCUGGUCGGUGCCCUGUCAUUUGCGCUAAUCGAUUGCUUUGACAUUGGAAUAUCGACAAAGUGCGUAAACGUACCGAAAGAAAUGCGCUUGUGUCAGGAUGUUGGGUACUCAGAAAUGAGGCUUCCCAAUCUGAUGGGCCACACGACACUCAGGGAAGUUAUCCCGAAAUCUAUUGAGUGGGAGACGCUGCUUCGUACUGGCUGUCACUCACAGAGUGCCACCUUUCUCUGCUCCUUGUUUGCUCCCGUCUGCUUAGACACGUUCCUUCAGCCUUGCAGGAGUCUGUGUGUAGCGGUCAGGGACAGCUGUAGCCAAGUUCUCACCUGCCACGGACAGUCCUGGCCCGAUGCCUUUGACUGUGAUCGAUUCCCCGCCGAGGAGGACACCUGCCUCACAUCGGUCGGCACCGAAUCUUCUACCUAUCGAAAACUUUUCCCCAAGCCAACUUGCCAGGGCUGUCCUACUACAGAGGAACCAGGAGCCCACAAAAGAGUUCUGCAAGCAUUUUGUCAGAACAAUUUCGCUGUGAAAGUUACCCUGACGAAAAGGAAGCGUGCCUCAGGAGAUUCCGAGUAUGAGGUGGAAGGAUGGGUGGAGAUGAUUAGCCCUGGUUCGCUGUUUCCCUUUGGAUCACGCGCUAUUAUUCAGCAGUGGCUCCUGAUCAAUACAAACUGCGCCCACAAACUUACACCCAGCAGCAACCGCGCCGUGCAAUACGUCCUUAUUGGCAAUGUUCAGGACACCAAUGUAAUCGUGAAUAAAAUCUACUUGUGGCAUAGAAAGGAUAUUCCACUCACACUCGCCGCUCGUAAAUGGAAGCAACAUCGAUGCUAG